AUGGUCCACUUCCCUUUGGGUGUAGGUUCAGGACCCGAAAAGGUUUGUGGGAUCAACUUGGUCUCUAUUCGGAACCCCAAGCCCGAACUGCUGUUAUGGACGCUAUUCGAAGAGUUCACGACAGCGAGCAAACUGCACACCUCCUUGACGCGGCCACCCACUCCAGCUCCGGCUCCGGCUCCGGUUCCAGCAAAGGCCCCAGCAAAGGCCCCAGAACCAGCUCCAGCACCAACACCAGCACCUGUACCUGCACCCGCAGCAUCACGUAAACGAGGGCGACAUGACGCAGCUGACGAUGAUUCUCAACUUCCAGCUCAUAAGAAGCUGGCGAUGGGGGAGACGCCAGAGUAUCCAGAAUUGUCAGAUCCAGCGAGUUUAUACGUCCAAGGGCAAGAGGCUAUUUUCGGAAUGAGAGCCCCGCAGGAUGAUGACGAUUAUGAAAUGGAAGAAGAGUCUGACGCGGAAGAAGGUGAACUUUAG